AUGAAUUUCGACCCGUGUUCAGACUCAAUUGCUGACAACGCUACGGCAUCGCAACCCCCACCUGCGUCCUCAAUCGCCAUUCCAGAUACUCGGGCACGAAAGAAGAAGGCCCGGACCCUUCGCGAAAGUGAUUGGGAGCCAUACAAAGACAGGAUUAUACAGCUACACCUCACAGAGAAGCGACCCCUUACAGAAGUCAAGACCACAGUGGAACAAGAGUUCGGCUUCACUGCUGAGAUUCGCCAAUACAGAUCUCGUCUGACCCAAUGGAAGCUCGACAAGAACAUCAAACCAGAAGAAAUGAAGGCCAUCGUAAGACAUCGCCAACAGAGAAACCUUAUCGACACAGACAAGGGUAGUCUCAAAUUCCGUGUAAGAGGUCGAGAAGUCGAACCCCAGAAGAUUGAGAGAUGGAUGAGAAAACACGAACUUCGUGAAAGCAUGAUAUAUGCUCCAAGCCCUACUAAAUCAACCCCUUCCGCUGUCAGCUACUCGACAAUUUCUGAGGUUGAGUCACCAGGCAUAGAUCCAAUGUCUUCUCUUGCGAAUGCUCAUGACGUUAACAUGGAUAACAAUAGCUCUCCCACGACGCCUCGCCAGAGCACCGAAGGUCCUCCCACUACACCUCGACUAGCUAUCGUAUAUCCACCUUCUGGACCUCUUGUGAGCCAGACCAAUUAUGCAUACGUCCACGCAAGAUUACGAUAUGAGUAUGCUACACUCAAGUACAAGUACGGAUCGUGUGAUCUAGAACUUCUAGGAUUUCUAUCAAACACGCAUUGGGUUCUACAAGCAUCGUGCAAACCACUGACGAGCAUUCCUUAUCAGCAACGUGCAAUGGUGGUAGGUGGGACUAUCGCGCAAAUCCUGAUCGAGAGUUGGAUCAAGAAUCCUUUGUUGUUGGGUCCGCAACCAACCAUCAAUUUACAUUUCUACUUCUGCCAUCUCCUGUCCACAGAUACGGUCAGCGUCAGACUUCAUACCGUAGGCAACACGGGACUCUCACCACAUUCUUUGGAUAUAAGAUUCGACUUGGUGGUAAACGACUUGCGAUUACUUCCGCCGUGCAAAUUCGCUUGCACGCCUGAUCCACCCCGUCCCGUUCACCUUCCAUCGUCUACGAUGGGAAUAUCUCUGUACAAGGUUCCAUAG